CUCACUGUUGUGUGUAAAUUGGGGCUGUCACUUUCUCACACCCAGUGACGUGGCUGCAGGAGGAUGGAGCUCUUCCGGGUUGGAGCUGCAAGAGGGCAGUUGCUGCCCCGCAACCAGCGACAGAAAGAGGAAAGCGAAAAGCGGAGAGCCACAUAACUGUGCGCUGUGUAGUACAGGCUUGGAAAAUCCUCGGCUAAUCUGGUUUACAUUUCCUACGGAAAGAGACAUAAACAACAUCAGAGGCACGGGGGGGCUGUAACUGGCACGACGAUGAGUUGGACCCCGUUGUAUUUUUCCAGCAAUAAAUAAUCGGAGUUUUCUGGUGUUUUUUUUUUUUUUUUUUUUUUUUAAAUCAGGAACUCUGUAGCACUAGUGGUAGUCGUACUAGAACCAAUAACUGAAGAACAAGACUACGAAUUGCACUUUCUCAUGGACUAAAAAAAACUUGGACCGCGCUUGUUUGUUGUAUGUUAUUUUAUUGCGUUUUUAUUAUUAUUUUUUAUUUCAUAUCGAAUCGCCGACUUUAUUCCUUCGACUCGAGUUCUUAUCUCUGUGUCAAACUACGGAAUGGUUUUGCAUCUUCCACCCUCGACUGCUGAUAUUUCAUUAUAUGUUGUUGAUUUUUUUUAGUUUUUUUUAAAUUUUGCAAGUUAGCAUUGCACCGGUUAUCAAAAACUAGCAAGGAAGGAGUGCGUACAGGGCAUUUGAAAGCCGCCAGUGGGAUGAGACUCAUCUCAUCUAGAACUGGAAUUGACUAUCUGAAAACCCUCACCCAAAUCCGGUCCAUUAAAAAAAGGUAGAAUGUUUGCUUGAAGCGACUCAGCCCUGGGAUUAUAAAGGAACACCUCCCGGUGCACACGUCUGUACAGAGAAAGAACUCUUCAAACUCCCAAGCCACUUUUGUUGCACAAAUCUGUUAGUCUGCAGCCUCUCCUUGCCCCCCUUUUGAGGAGCUCCAUCCCCGCUGUGUCCAGUCUGCACUCCCUUCCUGCCUCCCACGCAGUGCAAUGAGGAAGUUUGCCUACUGCAAGGUGGUGCUGGCCACCUCGCUGGUCUGGGUCAUGCUGGACAUGUUCAUCCUGCUCUACUUCAGUGAGUGCAACAAGUGUGAGGAGAAGAAGGAGCGAGGCCUGCCUGGCCGCGAAGUGGUGAUCCAGAAGCCUCAGGAAGGCCCGGGGGAGAUGGGCAAGCCAGUAGUGAUUCCGAAAGAUAACCAGGAGAAGAUGAAGGAGAUGUUUAAAAUCAAUCAGUUCAACCUCGUGGCCAGUGAGAUGAUCGCUCUCAACAGGUCUUUACCUGACGUCAGGUUAGAAGGGUGUAAGAACAAGCUGUACCAGGACGACCUGCCUCGCACGAGCGUGGUGAUCGUGUUUCACAAUGAGGCGUGGAGCACCCUGCUGCGCACGGUGUGGAGCGUCAUCAACCGCUCACCACGCCACCUGCUGGAGGAAGUGGUUCUGGUGGACGACGCCAGCGAGCGAGAUUUCCUGAAGCGGCCCCUGGAGCAGUAUGUGCGGAAGCUGGAGGUGCCGGUGAGGGUGGUGCGGAUGGAGCAGCGGUCAGGGUUGAUCCGGGCCCGGCUCAGGGGGGCUUCCCUCUCCACCGGCCAGGUCAUCACCUUCCUGGACGCUCACUGCGAGUGCACUGUGGGCUGGCUGGAGCCGCUGCUCGCCAGGAUCAAACUGGACAGGAGGACGGUGGUGUGUCCCAUUAUCGAUGUGAUCAGUGAUGACACCUUCGAGUACAUGGCAGGCUCAGACAUGACAUAUGGAGGAUUUAACUGGAAGCUGAAUUUCCGCUGGUAUCCCGUGCCUCAGAGAGAAAUGGACAGAAGGAAAGGAGACCGGACCCUGCCUGUAAGGACCCCUACAAUGGCAGGAGGCCUUUUCUCCAUAGACAGGGACUACUUCCAGGAAAUCGGGACCUACGAUGCAGGCAUGGACAUCUGGGGAGGAGAGAACCUGGAAAUCUCGUUCAGAAUCUGGCAGUGUGGCGGCACCCUGGAGAUCGUGACGUGUUCCCACGUAGGCCACGUGUUCCGGAAAGCCACACCUUACACAUUCCCCGGUGGGACCGGCCAGAUCAUCAACAAGAACAACCGACGCCUGGCAGAGGUGUGGAUGGACGAAUUCAAGAACUUCUUCUACAUUAUCUCCCCAGGUGUCACCAAAGUGGAUUACGGAGACAUUUCCGCAAGAGCGAUGCUGAGACAGAAGCUGCAGUGCAAGCCCUUCUCCUGGUACCUGGAGAAUGUGUACCCCGAUUCCCAGAUCCCUCGCCAUUACUUCUCCCUCGGAGAGAUCCGAAAUGUAGAAACUAACCAAUGUUUGGAUAACAUGGCGAGGAAAGAAAAUGAGAAAGUGGGAAUCUUUAACUGCCAUGGAAUGGGAGGGAACCAGGUUUUCUCCUAUACUGCCAAUAAAGAAAUCCGCACAGAUGAUUUGUGUUUGGACGUGUCCAAGCUGAAUGGCCCCGUCAUGAUGCUCAAGUGUCAUCAUCUGAAAGGCAAUCAGCUGUGGGAGUACGACCCCCUGAAACUGACCCUGGUGCAUGUGAACAGUAACCAGUGCCUGGACAAAGCCACGGAGGUGGACAGCCAAGUGCCGAGCGUCAAAGACUGCAACGGGAACCGCUCCCAGCAAUGGCUGCUCCGCAACGUCACGCUCCCAGAGAUUUUCUAAAAGUCCCGGGUAUAGGAAUAUAAAAAAAAGAAAGAUUUCGAUUGGGCUACCUCGGCAUACCCUUCCGCCACACUCUGAUACAGAAAAUAUCGUCUAACUUAAUAGGGACUACUCCCUGCAACGAGAUUUUAGAGACUCUAGCGCAAAACAAUAUCAAGACUUGAUGGUUGUGCAAUUGCCUUCUUUCGCAAGGAUGUGAAACUGCACUUGUUUAUGUUUAUGUGACAGUCUCUCUGUUUUGUUUAGUUUUUUUCUUUUACUUAAAUUAGUUUUUUUUUAAAUGGAAGAGGAAUAAGGUGAAGUGGGCAACAAAGUGUUUCAUAUCAAAGGAUCAUUUUACAGGAUUUUCGGUGAAGCUGAUACAUAAUCAAUUGAGUGGCUUCUUGGGAGAGAGCAGUAUAUCAUUGCACAUCCAUCUCGCUGACUGGAAAAGCCAGCCUAUUCUUCACAAGCCAUUUCUCAGGAUAUCGUUCACUGUCUCUUGUACCUGCAAGUAAAUAAUGUAAUUUUCAUGGCAAGUGCGCACAGGAAUGUAAGGGCUGAACAUAGCGUCGGGUUCUAUUUGUUAUGAAAAGACUUCAAAAAGAGUAAAUCAAAUGAAAAAACAGGGUUGAAAUGACUUGAGUUGGAAAAAAAAUACAGUUUGUGAUAAUGAAUAUCUAAAACUUUGUAUGUAGGUUUUAUACUUCAGUGGAAAAGUAACCAAUUCUAUUUACUUUCUUCAUGAUUUUUGUAAUGCGUUUGUGAGUGCCACAGAACAUGUUUUAGAUUUAUUUUUUAAUUAGAAGUUGACAGAGCUAAAGAAUACCCGACUAGAUGUUUUAAUACUCCAAGUCUAUUGCCUUUUUGUUUUGUUAUUUUUCAUUUUGUUCUUGGUCCUGUGGUCUGUCUAGGAUGUCUGCAUUUUUACAGUGCCACUACAAGAUGAUGUACUGUCCUGCUAGAUUACUGUGCUACUAUACCCCCCCCCCCCCCCACACACACACACACACACACACACACACAGAGAUAUCUAAUAAGUAGCUGAUAUAGCCUAAAGGUGAUUACCACUGUAAAUGAAGUCAUACAAUUCUUAUGGUUGCUACCUAAAAAUAGACCACAUACUGUAUGUCGAUUGAAAACAAAAUAAUGAUUUCCUGAAAGAUAUUUUACUGUAUGGAUAUUGUAAAAAGGGCAUGGUGAUUUUUUUUUUUUUAAUGCAAUGCCUACUUUUCAUGGUGUUCUUUUGGUCCUAUUUAGCGAGCCUUGUAAAGGUAAUGUCUAGUAUUGCUUGCGCCCAGGGCAGCACAUAUCAGAGAAGCAUGCUAGUAAAGAAGAAAAAAUAAGAAGAGUUUGCUUAGUUUGCACAUACUGGACACUGCAGAAGAAAUUAUGACUCUCUGGUAAAGAGGUGUCCUUGUUUUCUCUGUAUUACCUGGCCCCCUUACAAUGCAGUGCAACAGAGCACAACAUUCUUCACCUUGUAUUGAGAGAGCCAUUGGGCUUAUUAAUAGAAGUGUUAUUAUUUCUAGUAUGUGGUUUGAAAGUAAUUGAUGAAGGACGAUGGGGGGUAAGGUACUGGAUCUGUUUAAGAAUCUCUGUAUAUACAGAGAAUAUCAAGUGUGUCAAAUAUUACUCGGUUUUUGACAUACCCCAAAAAGUUUAGGUCAAUGAUCAGAAAUUAUGUGAAACAAUUCAGAGAAAGCUUUUUUUAUCAAUAUGCUGCUGCAGCAAGACCAAUCUGAAAUAUAUCACAAAGACCUGCAGUAAGUCAAAAGGUGCAUAAACCACAAGUUAUAGAAACUCCCAAUUACUGCUUCCACAUAUCAUCAAUGCUAUUCUUAUUACGUUACUAAUACUAUUAUUGUUGUUUUUGUUAUCAGUAUUUUUCUUAUUUAUUUGGUCUUGUUCCUGAACAUGGCAUGCCGAUAAACCAGAAGGUUGUACGUGCUUUUCGAAUAGUUAUGAGAACAGUGAGUGUAUGAGACCAAUAGGGUAUACACAGUCUCACAUACACUAAGCAUCUUUUUUACAAUACAAUCCAAUGGCACACUGCUAGUGGGACAGUUUGUUUUGUCUUAAAGUAAAUACUGGUACACUGUUAUUUGUAGUAAUGUAUUAGUUAUAUGUUUUAUAAUAACAGGCUCAUAUUGUUUAUAGCAUCUAAAAGAACAUGAGAAGUUUGGGAAUGAUGAGACCUUUUCCCCCAGUCUAGGCUUGUCCCUCCCUAGCACACCAUUUCCACUGCUAAGGAGAUCUAAUUAGAUGGGACAAAAUCCAAUAGUUUUUUUUUUGUUUUUUUUUAAUGUUCCUUGUGUUUUUAGAUGUUUCAACUUCACUUGGUAGACUAUUCCCUGCAUUUAUAACUGUAAAAAAAAAAGUGCUUCCUACCUUCCAUUGAUGCCCUCUGUGCUAAAUUUGAUGUAGUGACUUGGGUUAACUUAUCUGUACCAUGUAGGGUUUUAUAAACUUCAACGAAAUCAUACCAUAUUUAUUGAUGCAUUUAUCACAGAUCCUUCAAUUGAUGUGCUCCUGUGUACACGUGCAUAAAGUCAAACUCUGAUGCACGUAAACCCUUUUGGUUCAGAGGUUCUUUGUCAUUGCUAGCUGUGCUUCAGUGUGGGUCAGCAUGUGUUGAUUAUCUGAAUCCCCUCCACACUACACUGGAAAUAAAAGGGGGCACAUUGGUAGAGAACACAGCAGGCAUUUACAAUAAAGGAUCAUUACAUUUCAGAUUGAUUCUUUCUUUAGAACUCACAAUAAUGAUGAGCUAUAGAUUGUUUGUGUGUGUGAAUUUUUUUUUUCACUAGUUAAAUUGCAAUGAACAUUUUCUUUUUUUUUAAUCCAUUUUGUUAAAAAAAAAAUAAUAAUAAUAAAAAAGCAACAUUCUUGUUUUAAGCAGCAAGUUCAGUCCUUCAUUGUAUCCUCAUAGAGAGGUUGAAGUAUGUUAUGAAUCUCUGUUCCUCUAUCCUAGGCCGCUUUGUCUUUGAACCUGUAAUGACUGCUGUGUUCUUCAGUGGGACCAGCUGAAGGUUUACUGCAGGCUGCCAUUGCUUCAUCCUUUCAACGGAUCCCUCCCUGUCAGAUGCUCUUUAAUGUAAUGUUGAUCAAACUGCUUUUUUGUAAUAAAAAUUAAUGAAAAA